GCAAGUCCAAACAUUCAUAGAGUAUGGAUCUCACCAUUGAAGAAGCACUUGAUGGUCUCAUGAUCGUGUUGGAUAAAAGCUCACCACCGAAGACUGGAUCUGUGGUGGCCACUGACACAUCCGAAACUGAAAAAGUUAGGAUCUCAUGGCUCAACCAUGUGGGAAAACAGAUUGGCAAGGUCAUCAAGUUAGACUACUUAUCUCAAUAUGCUUGUAAGGGGAAGUAUGUAAAGUUUUGCAUUGAACUGGACUUGACUAAGCCAUUGCUUCCAAUGGUGUGCAUUGAGGGGAAGAGCACAAGGACUGUUGUGGAAUCAAUAACGGUGUGUGGUAAGGCUCCAAUGACUCCAAAUGCUCCAGUGAUUACACAACAAUCAACUCUGAUAAAGGAGGAUGAUUAUGGUUCUUGGAUGACUAGGCAAAGGCACAAUCAAAGGGCUGGGUUAAGAACUGGGAAUAACAAUAGAUUUGCAACCUUGCACAUUGAUGAUGGUAGCAAUCAAAGUGUUCAACGAUCAUCUAAUCCUGAUAAUUCAAGAAAGAAUUUUGGCGAAGCAGGUGCCAAAAAUGGCAAUCCCACUAGUCAAAUAGCUUCAAUAGCUACUAGAGACGUAGUGACAUCAAUCAAGGAAGGAGGAUCCAGUAGAGCAACAAACAAGCGAGCUCAAAAUAAGAAUAAGGCUCAAAGGAAAUCUAGUAAGACAGCUAUGAAAAGUCGGGCCAUCAUCAAAUGUGAUCCAAAAUCAAAGGGUGCUACUUCGAUUUCUAAUUUAUCACCUCUUAGGUUUGCAGAUACUAGUAAGGGCAUAACAAAGCUCUUUGUUUUUGGUUAUGAAGGAAAUAAUGUUGUUAGUAAUGAUUUCAUAAAUUGUCAAAUGAUAGAAGCACCUACUAAAGGGAAGUCAUGCGAAGUGCAAGAGGUUGUGAUUUGGAAUGCUGGGCUGGAGGUAGUGAUAUCACAUCAUGGAAAAGCUAUUGUUGAGCAACAAGAACCUCAAACAAAUAAGAUAGAGAUGAUUACCCAAGGAAAGGAAAUUUCUAAGGAUCAAUUGCAAAUAAAGGAUACUGUGAUGGCCGACGCAGGGUCGAACACCAUUGAAUCCUAAGAGAGUUUUCCUAAACCCUAUAUAUUUUUUUUAAUGUCAAUUUUAUUUUGGAAUGUUAAGGGGGCAACUAAUAGAGAUUUUGUUAGGACUACUUGAGAACUAAUUAAAAUUUAUAAGCUUGAUGGUUUUAUUGUUGUUGAACCAAGAAUUAGUGGUUUUGUGGCAAACAGCCAAGUUAGCAAGCUUAGAUUUGAUAUCUUUACUAAAGUGGAUGAUGCACAGGGCUUUUUAAGAGGGAUAUGGGUUUUGUGGAACAAUUCAGUAGAAGAGGUCACUGUCCUAAAAGAAUCACCAUAGAUGAUCUCUCUAUUAGUUAAAUACCCCAAUUUGGAACCUUGUGUUUUUUCAAUUGUUUAUGCUAGUCCUACUGCCUUUAUUAGGGAACUUCUAUGGGAUAAAAUUAAAUGGUUGGAUUGCUUUGAUAUUGUGCCUAGUCAGAGACUUUAACUAGAUCACUUCAAGUGAUGAGAGGCUAGAUGGCAAAGUUUUAGGUUUGCGUGGUGCUUUUUCAAUGUUGGCUAGUUUUCAAGCUAGAGGACUUCUUGAUUUUGGGGCAUCAGGAAGUAGAUUUACAUGGAUUAAUAAUCAGCAUGGUAAUAG